CGGGCUCCGGCCCAUGGCUUCUCAGCACGGCGUGUCGCGCGUCGUGGGUGGCACAGAUGCCCAGCCAGGGGCCUGGCCCUGGAUCGUCAGCAUCCAGGAUCCCUGGAAAACAGGCACGGGGCAUACAUGCGGAGGGUCCCUCAUCAGCCCACAGUGGGUCCUCACAGCAGCCCACUGCUUCAUUGAGGCCAGGCACAUCACCAUGUGGCGCGUGGUGGUCGGGGCCACCCGGUUGACUCAGCUGGGCCCUGAGGCCCAAGUGCGCCAUAUCAAGCGGCUACUGGUUCACGAGCACUACAGUAACAUCACGCAGAGGAACGACAUCGCCCUGCUGGAACUGGACCAGCCUGUGCAGUGCAGCUACUCCAUCCAGCUUGCCUGUGUGCCCGACGCCUCGCUGAGAGUGUCAGAGCUGACAACCUGCUACGCCAGCGGCUGGGGUUCCACGACUGCAAGAUGUGAGUUCCCAAAAAGUACUCGAUCAACUGAUGUCCUGCAGGAGGCCAAGGUCCGCCUCAUUGAUGUCAACCUCUGUAACAGCAGCGGGUGGUACAGAGGGGCCAUCCACACCCACAACCUGUGUGCUGGCUACGCGCAGGGUGGCAUCGACACCUGCCAGGGCGACAGCGGUGGUCCUCUCGUCUGCAAAGAUAACAAUGCAGACUACUUCUGGCUCGUUGGAGUCACCAGCUGGGGGAAAGGCUGCGCGAGAGCAAGACGGCCCGGAGUCUACACCUCCACGCAGCACUUUUACGACUGGAUCCUGGCACAGAUGGGACUGCGCCCAGCAGUAUCGGCUACUCCAACGCCACAGCCAGGCUCCACCUCAAGCCCCUUUCAGAGGCCGAGACCCAUACCAACUCAGUUGGGCACGUUUACACCCUGCCCAUUUCCAGUCCAGAGGCUGGUGCAAUUCUUUACUUGGGUGCAGGAGCUCCUGCAGUUCCUAAGGGGGACAAAGGCCUGAGCAGCAGGAUGGACAGGAUCCAGUGCAGCCGGCAGCGUACCACUGGUAACUUUGCAACAACAGUUACGGUAUAUUGCCUGUAAUUGCAGUAGUACCUCUUUCCAUGCAUGUACAUCACUGGAAAUGGGUUCAGUUCACCACAAAGCUGAAAAAGAGCUCAAAUAUAGCUGAUGACUGUAUUUUUGCACACGUGUAACAAACAGACUCUGGGAAAAACCUGUAACUGUGGCUCUGUGGUUGAAAUGAAAUUGGGCUGAACUUUUACAUAAAUAAGGAGACAUAGUCUUGUUGCUACAUUCUGUCUCUUCUUUUCAAAGACCUCGUCGACGUUCCUUAAUUGCUGAAUACCAUCUUGCUAACCUGACUGAAAGUAGUGUAGCCGUUGGUGCUGAUGAGCUUGGCCAGCUCUUCAGUCUGAAUCCAGGACUCGUUGUAGGACUUUGGGAGGAUCUUCUGACAAGCUUGAAGCUACGGUGAGGAGACUAGAGCAGACUGGUCACCAAGUCGGCUUCUCUGCCAUACAGGGCAGGGAUCCGCUCUUAGAUGUCUUUGAAGCUUGAUGGGAAGAUGCUGCAUGAGAUGAAAAGCCUUGUCCUCGAGGAGCCAAAGUGUUGGCUGGAUGUUAUCUCUGUUUGGAGAAAGCUUCAUGGGCGUGAGGGGAAAAAAGACAAUGUCUCUCAAGAAAACCCAUCGCUUCUCAAGAGCAAAUCAGAAGAAGAGACAAAUAUUGCAAGCGACAGGCAGAAACCCAAACAAAUGAGAGAGACCGUGUCUGAGCAACGUCAGACGGAAGCUGGAGAGAGGUGUGUGGUACUAGAGAGGCAGAGAUCACGUUCCUGCCACC